GACCAACAAAAAGGGGAUGGAGAAUAAAGACAGCGGAGAACGCAGAUGACGAUGCCUACCAUGAAAUGAUGUCGAGUGUUUUCAGUAGUUGCAAGUGUGGCUCACGUUGUUUUUUCUGCCCUCUAAAUAUUCUGCCGUACUACAGCGAAGUUAUUGCAAUUUAAAGUGUGUCAAUUAUCCGUAGAAGAUUCAGCGUCGAGAGGAUUGCGCGAAGUUUCAUUUAUAGCCGGAUGGUGCGAUCGUUCAGGUAAUGGUACUGCUCACGGUGGCGGAAGUGGUGAUGUUUGCUCAGUAUGCCUUGUUGGGUGCGCGGAAUUCGAAAGAGAAGAGUUUCUGUUCGAUAGCGUGUUGUUCGGUCAGGUCUCAAAAGGGUUACGGUGACCGUGGACGUGGUUGGCGCGCCGGCUACGGGUUCGGGGGUUACCGACCAUGGAGAGGAACCGGCCGGGCGUACAGUAAAAGAAACAGCAACAAAGGCAGAAGCGUGUCGGGCGCGUAUAGAUACAGGCUGGAUUCUGCAAAAAAAGGCAACAGUUUUUGGGUGUCGUUAUUCGAGAUAGUGCGGGUUUCAUACGACUCCGGAGGCCUAAAUGGAAAGACGGGAAGCCGUGGUCCGAACCGUAAAAGUAUAAGCUUACGAAAGGGAUCCAGCAUUAACAAAAAGCUCGACAGGAGUCAGUAAGUUUUUCUUCGAAAUAACAACAGCAGCUUCAUGAACGGUUUCGCCUCAGGAUUUCGGCGUAAGCUGCUCGAUACGUCGUUUGCCUACCGGUAUCAUCGUCUAGUUAUUUGUGCAACAGCUGCAAAAAAGGAACCCACUGCGUGAGCUGUUUAGCUGCAACCGAAAACAGCCAGCGUAUCGCGGAAACUGCUUGUAAGCUUUGGAGACGUGGAAAUUUGUAGCAUUACAAGCAUUAAUAAUUUCUACCAGUAUUGUUAUUUCAACCAUUACGACCAUAGUUCAAGUGUCGGUGAAAUCUGGAGGAAAAUCUAUUGAAAGACAAGCAACGCCGUCGAAGCUACUUUGACUGUUCUUCAUAACAACAACCACAACCAACAACGGAAAGACAACGCGUAACGUUGGGUGCUGCUGGCGUGAAGGUGAGACGUGGCAGUAUUGGUGGUGCAGUCACCAUUCAUUAUAACUAUGUGGACCGCUCUUGCCGGUCAGUAGCGGGUGACCACAUUCGCUCAAGAGAACGCUAACUGAGGAUGUAACCGGACAAGAGGCUCGAGUGCAGAGCGGCCGCCUGCAGGCGUAGGCCAUUAAGGGCCGAACCCGGCAGUGCGGGCGCCUCUUCUGCGUUUUUCUGGUGCUGUUUCUGCCGUUCCUGCAGCGGCUGCCGUCCAUGACGAAGCGACGAAAAACCUAGUAGCAGACAAGACCGGCGAGUAGGUUGGUUAGUAAACAUUUUUCUAGCCAGCCAGUGCACAGCUCGUGGCAUCUCCAACGACUGCUGCUGCUACUGACGACGACGACGACGACAACGACAACUGAAAAUCAUAUGCCAGCGUCGGGGGAAAGUUAAGAGUAUAAGUGAAGACGGGGAAAAAAGAACUUCAAUUAUUGCUGUUAUACUUGUUACACGACCUCUUCUGAUGGUCGCCUCAGCACACAGCAAGCCAUGCUGUGGGAAGGCGGUGGUCAAGCCGAUCUCUGGCAGAUGGCCUGUCAGGCUCCCAUACGAAAUGUGCCGGCAUAUAGAGAAGUAUUUACUGCAAGCAGGACCUGAAAGUUAGGUGGCGACGAUGACAUUUCGGGACAUGCUAUGCCAUCAUACGUCUAUUAUGAUACUGGAUUAGGAUCCCGAUACUUCUGGGAGACAAAGACAUGACUUCUGCAGGAUAAGUUAUGUGUGCACGGUUUGCGAACGUGUCUCUUUCUCCACAGAAGGGCAGCACCUCUACAGUCACCAGUUUAUGAAGGGCGGCGCCGUACCCAUGAAUAACAGCAAGAACGAUCCAGAGCGGCUGAUCUGCUGCUCCCGCUGAUACUGUCGUAGAACAGAGUUUGGGAUUGGCCUAAAGUUUCGGGAUGUAUGGCAACAAGGCGUACAUAUAAUAAUUAGUGGAAGCUCCGUCUGUCUUUACGCAAAUGCAGAGUCAGCGGUGGCGUUUGUAUCAGCGGAAGAGCAACAGAGUGCGCGGAUCGGUCUGGCGCCGUUGCCUGCUAUGGUGCUAUGUUACUCCACAGUCGCUAACGUGAGCACUCAUAACUCGAACGUCUGUUUAGCAUUAUACCAAGCUAGCAGUAUUCGUCGGGCUUCCGCAGUGCGUUCCCUAAUUGCUUAAAGGAGAGUGCCAUUUGCAGUUCGGUCCGACGUCUGCAAUAUUUUUGACACACGGGGGGGGACAGAGAAGAGGCGUUAAAAAGGAAGUAUCUACCGGGGUAGCAUACGCUCUCAGUCCUCAUCCCUUCGCCACUGUUCAAUCAAAAACGGGUGCGACGGUGGAAGACUAAGAAAAGGCGUGAAAGCGAUAUUGCGCAUUACCGACUGAUUCACUCUUACGUCUUGCCAAAGCGUCUGCAGUUAUUCGAAGGCUGUUACUACUCCCGCGGCUGCCACUGAAUGCCGUUGCCAUGUGCGGUAUAGUUGUGCAGAUACGUGCGCGGUGUCGUAGAAAUGGAGGCGAGGUACUACAGGACAACGUUUCAAGAUAAACUGACUUAUCACCGUGGGCAGAGCGUCGUCACAGCCGACCGUUGAUGAAGUAACAUUGUUAGUACCGUUAGUCUUAUCGUCGACCCCGUGAAGUUGAAGACCCUCGAAGGCCCUUCGAGGUACCACCAGAUCAGUCGCGGUUCAUCUUUCUACCUGUUUGGCGAUCUGGAGAAUAAAAAAGCUCUUAUUUUAGCAUCAUCAGCAGUAACAACUCCAGUGACAACGGCAGUUCCCGCUCUCUCACAUCCAGACCAGACAAAGAGAAGCAAUCAAGCUCCUUCAACCACUACUGAUCUUUAUCUGAAAGAUAAUUUGACGCCGCAAGCAUUGUUGUCUGUUUCGUGUCAUCAGAUCGAAUGGUCACACAUAAGUAGCUAUCAGCUACGAUCACGGUUGAUCUCUUCUCAGCCAGACCAGCCAUAUAUCAAACCCAUAUUACGGCUACUUGAAAAAGGUAAAAUCUAUAUUAGCAUUUCGGAACGAUAAACAUAUUUCAAGGAUAUUCCAAAUAAUAAACGACAGCAUCAGCGGCACCAACAAGAUGAGCGGAAGAAUUGGAGACUGCAGCGGAGGCGUACCCCAGUUGGCAGCCGGAGGUGCCGGGGGUUGGCCCGAGGACGUGGGAAUUCACGCGCUUGAGGUCUACUUCCCUCACACCUUUGUCGAUCAAACCGACCUCGAAAUAUUCGACGGAGUAUCACAGGGCAAAUAUACGGUGGGUCUUGGGCAAAGCAAGAUGGGCUUCUGCAAUGAUCGUGAGGACAUUCACUCGCUAUGCCUGACCGUCGUGUCGAGGCUUCUUGAACGCACCGGCGUCGCUGCCUCACAGAUCGGCCGAUUGGAGGUCGGCACCGAAACCCUUGUCGAUAAAUCUAAAUCAGUCAAGACCGUACUCAUGCAACUCUUCGGAGACAACACCGACGUAGAGGGUAUUGAUACGACAAACGCAUGCUACGGCGGAACCCAGGCGUUGUUAAACGCAGCGGCCUGGGUCGAAUCGUCCGCGUGGGACGGUCGCUGGGCGCUUGUUGUGGCGGCGGACAUCGCCAUUUACGCAACGGGACCCGCUCGGCCCACGGGAGGUGCCGGAGCCGUCGCAAUGCUUGUUAAACCCAAGGCCCCUCUGGUGUUGGAGCGUGGGGUCCGUGCCUCACAUAUGGCUCACGUCUAUGACUUUUACAAGCCGGAUAUGCAAUCCGAAUACCCAACCGUUGACGGAAAGCUCUCUGUCGAAUGUUAUUCGCGAGCGCUCGACAAGUGCUAUCAGGGAUACUGCCGAAAAUUUGCGUUGAUCAAUAAAGGAGCCCAGAUUCGUCUGAAGGACUUUGACGCGCUCAUCUUUCACGCACCGUACGGCAAACUGGUUCAAAAAUCGCUAGCUAGACUCGUGCUCAAUGACUUCCUACAGCAUCCGACGGGGGAAGAGUACCAGUCGGUGGCACCGUUCAAGGAUGUCAAACUCGAGGAGAGCAUUUUCGAUCGGGGCGUCGAAAAGGCGUUCAUCGCGUUGUCGAAAGACACCUACGAACGCAAGACCAAACCGUCGUUACUCAUCUCGAAUCAGGUAGGCAACACCUACACCUCAUCGCUAUACUCCUGUUUGGCCUCGUAUCUCGGCAAUACGCCAAUUGAGUCGAUCGCGGGUAGGAGGCUCGGCAUGUUCUCAUAUGGCUCGGGGUCUGCCGCGACCUUUUUCUCACUGCGGGUGAUCGACGACGUGACCAAGGACUCGCCUCUGCGCGCUCUCCACGACAGCCUCACUGAUCUAAAGGAUCGCCUCGCGCAGCGCAUCAAAGUAUCACCCACCGAUUUCGCUGCUAUUAUGAAGCAUCGCCAAGAGACACACCACCUCGCUCCGCACACGCCGGGUGGCUCCCUGGACGGGCUGUCUGGCGGGACGUGGUAUCUGACCCACGUUGACGAAAUGCACCGCCGCACGUAUCUACGGAAGCCGCUCAAGAGCAGUCAGCCCCUCUCCAACGGAUCCGCCAUCAAGGAGGGUUGCUUCAAGGACGUGGCUGGCAUCGCUUCUGCCUGUGCCGAAACACCCCUUCGCACGUGAGGACUCCUCGAGGGUCCCUGGGGUCCCUACCGGCCGCUCAACCCACUGCUGAACCAAAUUCUCUAAGCUGUGUAAGAUUUCCUGAUAAAGCGAGCCGAUGUUAAGGAUCCUUGUGGGACCCCCAAAGGCCCCUGUGCAGGUGGCGAACGAGGCGCUAGAGAAGACGACGGGGCCACGCGAACGACGACUUCGAAACAGGGAAGAAAAACCGCAGGGGUACAGGUGCAGGAGGAAAAUAACCACUACAGCGACAGCCGCAGCAGCAAUAGAAGACGCAGCAGCAUCCGGAUCGUAGGAGGACCUCAUAACUAGAGACACAAUGAAGGUAGUUAGCAGUGGUAGUUGGCUGGAGAUACACUUGGCGAUAAGGAUGCCAGGAACUAGAAGAAGUUCUAACCGAGCUGACUGUCGGAUCAAACGAGGGUAAGAGGACUAACACAAACGAAAACAAACAGCCGAUUAACUUAGCGACCACGUGAGCAAAUAAGUAGACAAAGAAGGCCUGUGGACAAAUGGCAAUAUGAUAUGGCCGUGAGCGUCGGCGGUUUCUAAUAGACGUAUCAGAAAUGAUGAUAAUAGCUGAUGCAUUCAGGACCGGGCGGGGUUGGCAACUUUUUUUCUAGUUGGUAAAACACUUGACUACUGCUAGCGCUACGCACCACUAUGAGAACCACCGCAUUAUGAACAAUAGCAAUACGAAUAGAAAAAAAAGUAAAGCGCAAGUAAGCCCGACAUGUUGAUUUGUCACAGACCGUGUGUUUUGAUCGAUGCGACCUCGGACAGAAAAAUUGGCAACAAAUACAUUUGAGUCCAUUCGUUUUCUACUUGCGGGUUAAUUGAUUGAAGGAUGAUUAACGCAGGUUGGCCUCGCUGUUUUAGCACCUGCCCAGGUCGUAGCUCGAGUGCUAAUGAACAGAAAACAUAGAAGAAGAAGCAGCAGAACAGUGAUAGAGGGCGAAGAUAGGAAAGCCGGCCUUGAUCUCUUUUAAGGUGGGUUUUCACGCUGAACUAUCCGUGGGCCGCUGGUUUCCACUGCUAAAGGAACAUAGCUGCUCAACGAAAUAUCAUAUGUUAAGAAAACGAGCAAGGGUGAUAAAGUGGGCUUUUCUAGCGCAAUCAAGUGCUGAAGGGAAACAGCUUAACAACAAAAGGUGAAAGGCGCACAUACGGGUGGCAUACGGGAGGUGAUUUCACUGCCACCGUCGACGAAAAAUAGUUCUGUAGCAGGCAUAAUCGACGACCUGUUCCAAUGCACAGAACGACGACGCGCGUACGCCAUUUGUGUAGGACACGAUGCUGCAGAACAUAUGAGCUAGAGAGAGAAGUACUAACGAACUAACAGUAACUACUUUGCUAACUAUAGCUUAACGGCUACCUAGACUACCCCUGGUGAUUCUUGGUAACACAAACAUGAGAAACGAUAAGGGACACUCUUGUUAUAAAUGACUUUAUUAUGAACGGAUGAUGACAAAUAUAAACAAUAUAUAGGAUACUUUGAGUAGAAAACGAGAAAGAAAUUAACAAAGGAAUGAUCAAAUGUCAGACCAGCAGGCAGACAGACAGAUAGAUAGGCAGCAAAGACAAUAAACCGAAAAGUAUAAAGAAAGCAAUCAGUCAGCCGUGAUUACCACCAUCAGUUUCGUCAGACGUUACGAUUAGGGCGUGAGAGCGAGGCUAAAUCAAUUUUUAAAUAGGCGGGACUCAGCAGACGCAGAAAAACGAAUGCAGGCCAAAACAAAAAAAAACUAAGAAAAAAAUUCAAUAAACGAAAAAUGCAGGACCAGUGAUAGUGAUGAUGCUGACGAUCAUGAUGCUGAUGAUGCACGACAAACUGAAAACGAAGCUUCAACGAGCUUCAUUUUUUUACCAGAUAUUCUUGCAUCUGACUAACAAUUGCAUGAGUUGCAGACGUAGCGGCUGGUAUCGCUCGAGCUACAAUGACCAGCCAACCUUUUGAAAGUAUGGUCGUUUGAUACACACACACACACAGGCUCAUGUGCAGACACCCACUAGCAGAAAAGUUAACGCAAUUACACUCAGGUAUAAAUAAACUAGCAGACAAUCUGUGAAAAUUAAUCAGCCAAGAACAUGUCCAUCCUCUCUGUGUGCAUCGAUGUUUUGUGGCAGUUCUGAAGUUGUCGAAAGCAAUGAGAACCGAGGGGCUGAUAGAGGGAGCUAACGAACGGUGACUUUGGUUGGAAGUGCUAGAAUGUUGAUGGAUUAAUUGAUGAAAUUUUCGGCAUUCUUGUUAUUGCAAAGGGAAAACUGAGAAACGUAACAGGGCGGGCAAAGAAGACAAAAUAAAAUUUUGUGUAUUCUGAAAAACGUCCCCAUAUGAAUCUCGAAUAACUUGGCACUUGUAAGGACAAAACACUAGCACUAAAAACAAAAGCACGGUACAAUACAGGACAGAUGUGCGAUUGGUAUAAAAGAAAAAAAGAUUAGUAUAUGAUACAUCUGUGCUUAUGGUAAAUCUAAGAAAGUGGUAUAGGCGGUUUGCGUUCAAGAGUAGCAAGCGAUUCGAGAGACCAAGCCUAAAUGAUGCGGAUGGCAAAACAGUAAAAAACAAAUUUCGAAGCUACCUGUUAUGAUAAUAAGCGUGGCAUUAAUUUGAUAGAAAUCUAUCAUCAAUUGGCGAUAAUUAAUGAUUUACAGAUAACAACAAUAAAACUGACCGGUGUUUGACAAACAGACUCAUCCAAAAGCGUUAAUACGACCAGUCUUGUUAGUCGACUUGUCAGAAUGAGGCGUCGUGGUGAAAAGUAAAAACAACCACGGCAAUGACAACCCCAAACAAUACCCGAAGACCAGUAACAUAACAAACCAAGAUUAUACUAUAUAGUGUCAAUCUGAAUAUAAUGAAAUAGAUCAAGUUGUUUUUCGGCCAAACGCAAGCAGUCAGGUCGGGAAAGAAUUCAUCACAUACGACAAAAUAUAGAAGAUGAAAAACAGGUGGUAAGGGAGAGAGAGGCUUAGAUAAACAUGAAAACAAACAUUAUAUCUAAAAAAUAUAUAUACAUACAUAUUUGUAAGAUGGAUUGAAAUUGCAUACGAAUCCAGACGCUGAGCGUGUACGCGUGCAGAUCAGUUAAUCAAAAAUGAACGCGAAAGGGGCAGGAUGAGUUGACGAAGAUGACGUUGGUGGAUCGUUUGUGCUAAUAUUGAAAAACUCUUUUGUGCUUAAUAAGCUGCUGAGAUUGAGAUAUGGCGUUGAGAUGCAAACAUCGAGUAGUUAGAUCGUCUGUUAGCAUGAAGAUGAGCCGGCAGGAUUCGUUGAACGUUCAGAGUGGUUAGCUAGUAGUAAGCAAUGAAAGGUAUAAACGACAAACUGUGUUCACCGCCGACGUGGGACAGUCGAAGUCACAAAAAAAAAAGACUCUGUCAUUAUGAUGAUGGCAAAGGCGGUAAUGCGGAUAACGACACAAAUACUAACGAUGCAACAGAUUGAAAGAGGUAAGUUUUGAAGGACUCGACCAGAACGUGUCCGGAGCUGAGGUGUGCUCAGGUUCCGUGCACCUAAAGUUUUAAAGAUGAUGGCAACGGUAACAACAAGAAGAAGCACAAGUAGAAAAGGAGACAAACAUGGGAUGCGGUGUGACACGCUGAGGCACAUGGGAGGACUUGUCAACGUGGACACAUGAUUCUUCGGCACCAGGCUGACUCAUAAUGCUAUGUAUCCGGGACGAUACGAAACGAGUCGGUGGCAUACGCAGAGAGAGUAAAAAUGAAAAAAGAUGUUUCCUCGGUAUAUUUAUGAAGCUGUUAAAAGGUCUUUCCAAUGUUCGUUACUGUAUUGCGCAUACAAAUGAAUAAGAGACUAGGAUUUUUAUUUAAAUAGAAGAAAAACAAACAGAAAAGAAGAAAACAAAUAAUAAUGAUAGUAAUAAUAAUGACGACGAUGAUAAUAACAAAUAAUAAUAACUGAUAGUAUUAAAUUAAUUUUGUCACUUCAUAAACAAACACCUUUUCUCAGAAAUAAAUACCCUUUUGUAUACCAAGUCUA